GAGGAAUGAAAACAUGCGAAAACCUAGUACAAAGCCUAUCUGCGACGGUUGCCUUCGUAGGUACGAUACGCCACGCGGUUUAAAUUUCCAUAAAGAACGUGUCCGGAUGUUGGAGAUCAUUUGGGAAUGCAAGAAGUGUCAGUUUCGCUUCAAAGCAGCGGACAAACGCCGUAAGCAUCUGCGAAUCCAUUCGGAGGACGCACCCGUGGCAAUGAAGGCACGGUUCAAGGAAGAAACCAUGCAAGAAUUUGGCUGGCUCUGUUGUGCUUCAAAAUGCGACGAAUCGUUUAACACCGAACAAGAUUUAAUUGAGCAUUCGCAGGUAACUCACCUGGGCGAUAAGAAAGCAGCGGAUGCGGAGUUCCCCGAUAACCCUGAACAAUGUCUGAUUUGCUUCAGACGAUAUGGUGACCGGAGACGGCUAAUCAAUCACCAGAGAAGAAAGUACAAACGUAAAAAUUUCCAGUGCGCUCUUUGUGGGUUGAAGUUUGCUACCACCUCGGAGCUGACGACACACGAAGCUAACGAUCACGGAAAUUGGGCGUUCAAGUGUGCACUCUGUGACAAGGCGUUCCCCCAGAAGUACAGCUUGAAUAGUCACUUGAAAACUAUGCACACGGAUGAGAAACCCCAUCAGUGCACAGUGUGUGGGAUGACUUUCCGACAGAAGGGUGGAUUGAGGACUCAUAUGUCCAAUCAUGUUGAGGUUCCACAGUUCAAGUGUGAGGUCUGCUCGAAAAUGUUCAAAGCAAAACUGCAUCUGCGGUAUCAUAUGCGAACGCACACAGGCGAGCGUCCGUACAAGUGCCGAUAUUGCGACCAUGCUUUCGCGAACAAUACCAAUUACAGAAGACAUGAAAUGACUCACACUGGAAAUAAACCGCACAAAUGCUCUUAUUGUGGAAAAGGAUUCAUUUUAAGGAGAAUGCUGAUAGAACAUGAGAAAAAUCACACAGGAGAUAUAAGAAUCGAAGAAAAACCAGUGCACAGCACUAAAAAGAAAAGCGAGUUUAUUGUUGAAUUGCUAGAUGAACAGGAUAAUGAUGACGUUGAUGAAGUGGUGGAAUGCAGCAGCGAUGAUGACACUAAUGGUCUGCAAACCUUUUCACUACGUAACAGACCGGUUUCGAUAAGCCUUGCCAAACCAAAAUCUGAUCCACAACACCUCUCUAAUAUCGCACAUCAAAUAGUUACUAAGCCAAUCGGAAAUAUCGUCGCAGCCACAAACAACACCAUCGAUGUCUCAAAAGCACCGGCAGUAGCCGUUUAUAAUGUAGUCCCUGCAACCACAUCAGGUAACUUUAGUUACGUUUUGAAACUUCAAUAAAAUGUAAGAAA